AAAGAAGAAGAAACGUAGGCUUGGCAGUAGUGUAAAGCUGCAGCAGCAUGGCAGACACCAGUGAGGAGUCACAUGGUUGUGAAAACGAAGAUAAAUGCACUGAUAAUGAUUUUGAAACGUCAAAACUCGGGACCAAAGAAUAUUGGGAGGAAGCCUACCAAAAAGAACUAGAGACGUUUAAAGACAUUGGAGACAUUGGGGAAAUAUGGUUUGGUGAAGAAAGCAUGAGUCGUGUCCUGCGAUGGAUGGACAGAGCUAAGAUCCCAGAGGAUGCAGCCAUUCUUGAUAUCGGCACUGGAAAUGGGGCCUUCUUGGUUGAACUGGCGAAGCAUGGAUACAAGAACCUUACAGGUGUAGAUUAUUCCCCCGCAUCAAUAGAACUGGCCAGAAACAUCCUGCAGGCAGAGGGCUUGACUGAUGUCACUGUGAAGGAGGCUGAUUUCCUUAACUCUGCAGGAGAACUCGGAGGUUUUGAUUUCUGCAUUGACAAAGGAACAUUCGAUGCCAUUAGUUUAAACCCGGAUAACAACAAUGAGUGCAAAAAACUGUAUGUCCGCACCCUAAAAGAAGCUCUUAAAGACAAUGGCAUCUUUGCUAUCACUUCCUGUAACUGGACCAAAGAGCAGUUGCUAGAGAGAUUCUGUGACGGAUUUGAAUUUGUACAGGAGUUGCCUACCCCUAGUUUCCAGUUUGGAGGAAAAACUGGCAACAGUGUGGCAGCACUUAUCUUCAAGAAAGUACACAGUUGAGGUUUCUAAAGUGAAUGUUUGUCUCUUUUUGCAGUUGUUUUUUGUUUGUUUUUUUCAACAUUUUUGUUUCUAUUUGAUGCAGAAUAUUUUAUUAGUCUGUUCUACAAGACCUGACCCCAGUAUGUUGCAAUAAAACAAAUGAAUGUUAAAUAUUAGAACAGUUUUUGGUUUAAUAAAAUGAGUUUUUGAAACAAGAUCUAGUUUUUUCCAGUCUUCAACUAUUCAUUUUUUCCCUCCUUCCAUAAAUCAUCCUGUAAUCCCUGACAUGUCUUUGCAACGACUUCUUUGAGAGUCCGAACACAGAGAUGACCAGUAUUCUCUCUCGCUAGGUUAUAAAUUUAAUUUGCCUCUCCAACCAUUGUGAGAAUGGAGAGAAUGGUGCCCAUCUAAUUGGUUAAACUGGAAACCAGCAACACUGGGGGUCCCGAGGAUGAUGAUUAACAACUUCUAACAUCAUGAAUAAACAGGAGGCUGUGGCUUCUAUGGGAGAGGAGCUUUUCUACCCUCCUCCUUCCUAAAUGGCAUCAUUAAUAUCUGCCAAGCUCUGGAUGCUAAUUGCAAGCUGCACAGGCAAGUGGCCCAAUGGGAGCCGUCCACGUCGACACACACUAUUGAGUAAACACAUCCGAGAUUUACAAGAAUUACUGCCUGGAAAUUUACAAGACUGUGUAUCCUGUCUGGUUAAGGCACGUUGUGCCCACAUUUACAGCACUGAGAUUUUCCCAUGAAGUGAAAUGUUUUUGUUGGGUUUUGGAGUUUCUGCUCAAUGGAAUCAUCCCCUCCUGCAGGCUCAGUGUUUUCAAAUGUGUAAUUAUGCAGCAGGUAGUGUUUCACAUUUCUCUCAACAUGUCAUGAAAACUUAAACUAAUGUUGGAAUGAUGUUUCCCACAGUGAUAUUCAACUUUUUUUUCUUGUAAAAAGGUUGUUUUUGUUAAAUAUAUUAAGUGUUAUUCAUACACAAGUUAAGAUUUUUUUUUCUUCAAAUUAGGUUGGCUUCCAGGGAUAUUUGUUGCCCAUAAAUGCCACUUUGUUGGUGCAUUAUGUUUGCACUACCAAUAUUUCUGCGAUUUCUUGGUGCGUUGGAGUCUAUACUUUUCUGUCUGCAGACUAAUGGGAUAGUUUUCUUAUUUUCUCUACUGUUAAGUGAUUGAUGGCCUAGACUGCUGUUCAGUUAUAUAUGUGGGGUAACUGGUUGGACUGGAUACAUAAGGCUGUGCCUCAUUUUUUAGAGGAAUUAUUAGAAGGUAUAAGAGUUCUGAAGAUAAUGCGACAUAUCAUUUAAAAAUAAACUGAUUACCUCAAGCUGUUUUUGGCUUGAAAUAUAGAAGAAACAUUUCUAAUAAUAAACCUGAUGAUUCUUGUCUUCUCUUUUCUAUUUU